UUGUUGAUAGAUGGCGGCGGCAUCCGUGGCCUGUCGUCCCUCCAGAUCCUAUGGAACCUCAUGCGCGAAAUCCAACUCUCAGAAAAGCUAGAGAAAAUGCCGCUGCCUUGCGAUCAUUUCGAUCUGAUUGGUGGUACGAGCACGGGAGGGAUCAUUGCGCUCAUGCUGGGCCGCCUUCGCAUGUCCGUCGACGAUGCCCUCCACACGUACGCCCAGCUUUCAAAGGAGGUAUUCUCAAAGGAA